AUGGCUGUUGCUUUACCAAUGGAAUCUAACCCAGAGAUAAUGAACAAGUACCUGCAUAAAUUGGGAGUACCUGAGAAAUGGCAAAUGGUUGAUGUUAUUGGUCUCGAAGGAGAUGCGUUGAACUGGGUGCCCCGACCAGUUCUUGCUGUGAUUCUUCUUUUUCCUUUAUCUGAAAGAUAUGAACACCACCGUACACAACAAGAGAACGAACUUUUAAGCAAGGGAGAACAAGCUCCAAAAGACGUAUUUCACUUAAAACAAGUACUAAGUAACAUUUGCGGCACUGUUGCUUUGGUACAUAGUGUUGCAAAUAAUACGCAUCAAAUAGAUCUAAAAGAUGGACUUCUUAAGAAUUAUUUGAAAGACUCUAAAGGAUUAGAUGCAGCAGCUAAAGGCGCACUGCUGGAAAACUCUACUAAUAUUUUAGAAGCUUACAAAGAAGUUAUUGAAAAAGGAGUAGACAUUGAGGACAAUGAAACAGUAAAUAACCAUUUUAUAACAUUUAUUCACAAAGAUGGUUAUCUGUAUGAGCUGGAUGGUCGUAAGGCUUUACCAAUAAACCACGGGCCAACGACUGAGGUUAACUUUCUAGAAGAUGCUGCUAAAGUCUGCCGUCAAUUUAUUGAACGUGAACCAGACCACAUCGGUUUUAACGUCGUCGCUCUUGUUCCUUCUCAAUAAUGAUUUUUUAAUACCAUAAUUUAAAUAAUUAGCUUUUAUAAUAAAAUAAAAAUAUUAAAAAAA